AAAAAGGAGAAAGAAACAAGAUUUUAAAGAGAAAGAGAAGUGGACAAGACUUGUAUGUAUAGUUGGUGAAGACCUACAAGAAUCCAAAACCAAUAAGUAGAUUACAAAUAUUACCAAGUCGCUUACAGCUGUCUCCUUGCCAUCUCCAGCUAAUCAAAAACAUUCCUUUUACUUUCUUGAAUCUAUACAUACAUAUACAUACAUACAACAUUGUAUCUCUAUCUAUCUAUCUAUACUUACAACUAACUGUUUGACAGAGAUGCCAAAUUGCUGGCAAUCUUUUAGUGUGUGUACGUGCACACAGCUCAUCUCCCUCCAGCCUGUCUCUCUUCUUUAACCUUCUCUUCUCUCCUCUAAUAUAUAUAUUUAUAACAUUUUGUUGUUGUUACUAUUUCUUCAAGUUUGAAUCUUUUCUGUGUGCAAAAGGGCUGCAAUGGAUCCCUGUCCUUUUGUGAGGAUUGUGGUGAAGAAUCUUGCUCUGAAGUUUGGAGUCUUGAAAUCAGAUACUUUUUGCUAUUGCAAGAUCAAGUUGAGGGAUUUUGCUACACAGACCUCCAAGAUUUGUGUUGUUCUGCAAGAAAACCAGCAGAUUGAUGACCAGAUUCAUGCUUCUUUCAACUUGAAAAAGUCAGACUUUGAGAAAUUGAUGGAGAAAUCAGGGGUUUCCAAGAGACCCUUUUGUGUUAAGGUUGAGAUUUUUGCUGGGAAAGGUGAAAUUUCAUGUGGGUUUGGAGGGGGGAAGAAGAUAGGGAGUGUUUCUUUGGAUUUGAAGAGUGUGGAGAACAGGGUUUGUGUGAUUCAGAAUGGGUGGGUAGAGAUUGGGAAUGGGGUCAAGUUGAAUUUGAAUGUGAGGAUUGAGCCUGACCCCAGAUUUGUGUUUCAGUUUGAUGGUGAGCCUGAGUGCAGUCCUCAGGUUUUUCAGGUCAAUGGGAAUGUUAGGCAAGCUGUUUUUACUUGUGAAUUUGGUUUCAGAAAUUCGGGCGGUGAGCGCAAUUUGAGAACAAGAUCUAUAGAAUCAGAAUCCAACAAGUCGAGAAGCUGUUUAACAUCACUGCGCAGUGAUAAAGAAAUACACCCAAAAGAGCGAAAAGGAUGGUCAAUUACAAUCCAUGACCUAUCAGGAUCACCUGUCGCUUGUGCAUCAAUGGUGACACCAUUUGUCCCUUCCAGUGGAACUAACCGUGUCUGCCGUUCAAAUCCAGGCGCCUGGCUCAUUCUUACGCCUGGCCAGGCAACCUGGAAGCCAUGGGGCCGUCUUGAGGCAUGGCUCGAAAAGGGUGACCAUCUCGGUUACAAGUUUGAGCACUUUCCUGAUGGCGGUAUUGAUGCCAUCACUCUCACCAAUUCCAAGCUGAGUACAAAAAACGGUGGGAAAUUCAUAAUUGACAACAGUACCGGUCCCUCUCCAAUGAGCACUCCAAGCAGCAGCUUUGAUUCCGGGUCCAUAUCCAGUUCAGAUGUCGGGUCAGGGUCAUGGGCACACUUAUUAUAUCGAGGGUUUGUGAUGUCAUCAACCGUAAUGGGUGGUGGAAAGUGCAGCAAGCCAGAAGUGGAGAUCAGUACACACCAUGUAUCGUGCACGGAAGAUGCAGCUGCUUUUGUUGCUUUAGCAGCUGCAAUGGAUCUAAGCAUGGACGCGUGCAGAUCGUUCUCAAGUAAACUACGAAAGGAGUUAAGGCAACCGGGUCACGAGUAAUCGACUUCCUCAUUCUUGUUUUGAUCAUAGUUAGGCAUUCUAGUCCAGAUUUUCUUGAUUUGUUAAUUAAGUAGCAUAAGUUUUUGGCUUGCUAAAAUUUUCUUCGCAGAGUGUACAGUCAUUUGACAAGAAGGAUUUUGUUCUGAGUGAAAUCUACAUUUUCAUUCAUCUGA